AUGCCGAAAUCAAAACGGGAUAAAAAAAUUUCUCUCACAAAGACAAACAAAAAAGGACUUGUGUUGAAACAGAGAAUCAUUGAAGAAGUUAGAAACUCCCUAUCGAAAUAUGAGAACGUGUUUGUUUUUUCUGUUGAUAAUAUGCGAAAUACCAAAUUAAAGGAUUUGAGAAAUGAAUGGAAGGAUUCAAGAUUUUUUUUUGGAAAGAAUAAAGUAAUGGCAGUUGCUUUGGGACGAAGUAAGAGUGAUGAAGCUGAAGAUCAAUUAAAUUUAGUUUCAAAAAAACUUAAAGGCCAAUGUGGUCUACUUAUGACAAAUAAAGAUGUUGUAGAUGUAUUACAAUGGUUUGAAGAUUUUGAAGACUCUGAAUAUGCUCGCUCUGGUUUUGUUGCAACACGUGAUGUUAUUCUACCCCAGGGACCACUGAAAGAUUUUUCACAUACAAUCGAGCCUCACCUUAGAAGACUUGGAUUGCCUACCAGCCUAGAAAAGGGAGUCGUUAAUCUUUUAAAAGAAUACCAGGUUUGCAAAAAAGGCUCACCAUUAACUCCAGAACAAGCCAGCAUAUUAAAACUAUUGGGUAUACAAAUGGCAAAUUUCAAAGUUGUGAUCAAAUGCCACUGGUCUAAAGGAAAGGGAUUCCAAAAACACAGUGAUAUAGCUACAGAUGAUGAAGCAAGUGAUGAUGAUGUACAAAAUAAUUCACAUGAAGCUGUUCCUAUGGAAGACGAGGAAACAUAA